AUGCUGAUUUGGCAGAGGGUGCAGAUGGCCAAGGACGACGACGUCCGCGUCCCGAUCCUCGACGGCUCGACGGCGGCCGCUUCGCUGGCGCUGCGCCCGCUCUCUCCGCUGGAUCGCGCAGCCGUUCAAGCCCUCUGCGCUGCUUCCUUCCCCAUUGAGUAUCCCGAGUGUUGGUUCGUGACUAGAGGACCUUUGCUCACGGAUUUCCUCGUUUUAUCAGGUUCGAUGAAGUUGUCUCCGGCUCGUUGACGUCUUUGGGCCUGUUCGAUGACAAGCAACUCGUUGCGAUGAUUGUCUCCGAGACGAAGAAUAUCUCCAAGUGCAACCUAGAGGCAAGUUCGUUUUCUUAGCGAUUGAUUGUGAUUAAUUUAGAAUUUUUUUUUUUUUUUGAGAACUAUUCUCUUAAAAACUUCUGGAACAAAUUUCAAUCAGUCUAGAAGAAAGCUAUUGGAAAACAACGUGGUGGAUUUCGAAUUUUCGAGAUAUUUGCUAUGAGCGGAAUAUUACAAGAAUUGUCCGAAUUAAUUGGAUUUGUAGUAGUUUUUAGUCGUGCAAAAAUCCUUGUCGGAUUUACCUCAUUUAUUCUGAUUCAAAGCCCUCAAUAGGAUUUUAAAAAGCGUAGAUGUCUUGAAUGACCAAAAAAAUACUGGAAGCGGCUUUUUUUCUAUACUUUUUUUUAACGUACUAGAAAGGUUAUUUUUUGAAUAAACUGUGGUGUCGUGUUCAGCAAAAUUCCCAAGAGUUUGAAUUUUAGGUAUCUCUUUCAUUCUCUGACGGCCGUUUUAAAUUUUACGAAUUUUCCUCGGGCAAAGUCGGAAUGGUGGAGAAUGGCCGCUAAAAGGAAGCAGCAAACCUUUAUCGAGCUUUCCUCCUCGAAUUUCAAGGCUUAAAAAAUGGUGGAAAAAGGGAGAGGCAGCAAAAGUGGUGCAUAAAAUGGAGCAAAAAGGUAGCAAAAAAAAUUAUGGAAUUUUUAUGGAACCUUUUUCCACCCUUUCCGACUUUGCCUAUGUCUUUGAACACGGCAUAGGCUUCAGGAAUUUUUUUCUCAAUGAUAUAUUUUGCUUCAAGCAUGGAAUGGUUCAUUUUUAUUUUCCAGGACAGCGAUAUAAUUUCCAAUCAAAGCGCUCUGGUCGUCUACAUCCUUUCGCUUGCCGUGUCAAACGAUUACCGACGGAUGGGUCUUGCCACGCGUUUGCUCAAUUGUCUCUUCGAAUCGGUAAGCGCUAAUUUAUACAUCUUUCCGAAUAACGACGCAUUUUGAGGUGGUCAAUCAGCCGCCAUAUCCGCGUGCCGUUUUCUUGCACGUUCUGUCGACGAAUCUGCCCGCCAUCAACUUUUAUCGCUCAAACGGAUUCAGAUGGCACGCUUCCUUGUUGUCAGUUUGUAUACUCGAAAAUAAUCAAUUAUAUUUGACUAUCUAAGUUGAUUGCUUCCAUAACGGGACAGGCGGUCGAGUAAUUCCUAUUGAAAAGAAAAGAUGAAUAUUUCAGCCUUUGCCUUUGCUCUCCAUAGAUUCUUCAAUUCUUUCAGAAACUACUAUCGUAUCGGAUCCGGAUUCGGCGACGGCUGCACCUACGUCAAGUACACGAACGGACAGAGGCCGCCCCUUUCCAUUUCGGAGGUGCUGAGACUCGUCGGCGUCGUCGUUUGUUUUCCCCUCAAGACCCUGUGCAAAUUGUUUUCUUAUUAA